UGUCAGUGCCUCCGGGAGAUCGUCCGUUUAAUCUGAUCCGAGCUGUAACCCGAUAGAUUUUUGACACUAGCUAAUUUUAAUUCGACUGGUUAAAUUUCAAGUGAAAUUGUGGGUGGAUAAUACAUGUCCGAAGGUGUCCUUCGCUGACAGUUUUCAAAUUUGUUUAAUCGUUGAAGAUGAGUUUAAUGAUUAUCGUGACCAGUGAUCAGGAACCUAACAAAACGUACGAAAAUUGAUUACAUUCCUUAUCUCUGUAUUUUGCACAACGCAGCUAUUUAUUAUGACAAGAAAAUUUCUUACCCGGUGCGCUGAACAAAAGACACAGUUCUUUUUGUCGACGGGAGUUAGUGCGGUUUAAACGUUAGCUUCCGUAGACGAUGGACAGGGAAGCCUUGGUCCCAAUCGCAACUUGUUGUAAUCUCAGUCUACAGCCCAGACGCAGGGACAGGGAGAACGGGAUGGCAAACGGAGGACACGGAGCGAUGGUCCAUGGCGUUGGUCCUGGAUCGGGAACGCUUUCGCGUGAAGAACGAAGACGUCGACGACGAGCGACGCAGAAAUAUCGCACAGCGCAUGCCACAAGGGAACGAGUGCGAGUCGAAGCUUUUAAUCUAGCCUUCGCGGAGCUGAGAAAAUUACUGCCCACCUUACCGCCGGACAAAAAACUCUCGAAAAUUGAAAUACUUCGGUUAGCUAUAUGCUACAUCGCCUACCUGAACCACGUCCUCGAAGCAUAAUAAUUAAGAAUUAAUUAUUAUCCGAUACGGAGGCUCUGAAACGUCUCUAUUUUCUAUAAAUCUUCCUAUUAUACUGUGUAAUUCUAUGCACACGUACGUGCAAACCCAGAAAAAGCAAGAGGAAUAAUUCUGGGUGGGUGUAUACCGAACACCGUGAACUAUAUCGAUAUCACAAUCUCGUGAUAAGUGUUGAUAAAUGGGAGAAUGCGCAGCCGACCUGUACAUUUCGUCUCUGCAACUGUCCCUUCAAAUUGUAUGCAAUCUUCCUUUCCUCAACUUCCUUCUCCCCCGAUUCCCGUCUUCGCGUUUCGUUACACAUUCUGUACGUAGACAGCUGAUUAAUAUUAAUCAGUGGGACUUGUUGCCUGGUGAAAAAUUGAAUGAAAACAUGUUCGUAUGGGUUUACUUGAUAAUAACAAUUUCUUACUACAAAUUUUUGCCAAGUUCGUUAUACAGUUGCAAGACACCUGCGUUCUCACUUUGUCCAUAAUACUCAAUUCUGUUGGUUUUGCCUUGGGUUCGUUCGAGUUCGAUUUCGUUAUAUCUAUCCGUUUAAGGAAUUCAGCGAAAAAGCCACGAGCCAAAAUUAGUUCGUUUUAAAAGUGUGUCCAACAACGCAUCGAACAUUCCCAACCCAUUUCCGGCGGACAAAAUUUUGAGCGAGGCUUUAUUUCUGUGAUAAAAUUACGCAGGUAUAGUUUUACGAUGUACGUACUUCACGACUAAGGGACUUAUCGAUGUUAUCUUUUGCUCCCGGUACAAGGGGACUGGCAUAAUUUUCUGUACAUACACGAGUACCUACCUCGCCGAGCUGUCUGUAAUAAUAUAAUUUACGUCCUGUAAAUAUUUUAUAUCUAUCGAU